AUGGAGACUGCGAUGCUGAACUUAAGGAGUCUGUAUGAUCAGCUCGUGCGCCAGGCGGAGGUUUUAAGUGAAGGAAACGAAUACCAGUUUAUUCAGUUAGCAAAGAGCUUUGAAGAGUAUCGGAGAAAAUUGCAGAAAACGGAGCAUGAGCUUGGCAGGUACAAAGAGCUGCUCAUGAAAACUGAAGCUGAACGUAGCGCUUUGGACGUGAAGCUGAAACACGCUCGCAAUCAAGUGGAUGUGGAGAUCAAACGAAGGCAAAAAGCUGAAACAGACUGUGAAAAGCUGGAGCGGCAAAUACAACUGAUUCGAGAGCUGCUCAUGUGUGAUGCAUCGGGGAGCAUUCAGCUAAGCGAAGAACAGAAGACUGCCCUCGCCUUUCUGAACAGGCCCCAGGUUUCUGUAGGGGGUUCAGGCACCAAAAGGCUGUCUACAAUAGAUGAAUCUGGCUCAAUUCUGUCGGACAUCAGCUUUGACAAGACUGAUGAGUCACUGGACUGGGAUUCCUCCGUGGUGAAAGCUGUCAGACUGAAAAGGAGAGAGAAGCGGCGGUCUUCCAGGCAGUUCAUUGAAGGCCCGCCAGGUCCUCAGAAGAAAACCCGAUCGAUGGGCUCCACAGUGGACCAGGGAAAUGAAUCCAUAGUGGCAAAGACAACUCUCAUGGUCCCCAACGAUGGUGGCCCAAUUGAAGCUAUUUCUACUAUCCAGACUGUGCCUUACAGUCUGCGAAGCCGGAGGAAGACAGGUCCUUUGCAGCCUUGGAGCAGCGAGUCGAGCAUUGGCAGUAAGCAGGUGGAGUCCAAAUUGGAGACCGAUGGCAUUGGCACCCCGCAGAGCAACGGGGGAGUGAGGCUGCACGACUUUGUUUCGAAGACGGUUAUCAAGCCAGAAUCGUGUGUUCCGUGUGGAAAAAGAGUAAAAUUUGGAAAAAUCUCUCUGAAGUGCAGAGACUGCCGUGUGGUCGCUCAUCCAGAGUGCCGGGACCGCUGUCCUCUUCCCUGCAUCCCCACCUUGACAGGCACUCCUGUCCGGAUCGGAGAGGGGACGUUGAUGGACUUUGUCCCUUCUACACCUCCAAUGAUCCCCUCCAUCGUAGUGCACUGUGUUAAUGAGAUCGAGCAGCGAGGGCUGCGUGAGACGGGCCUUUACCGGAUAUCUGGCUGUGACAAGACAGUGAGGGAGCUGAAAGAGAAGUUUCUUAGAGCAAAAAACAUUCCUUUGCUCAGUAAAGUGGAUGAUAUCCAUGCUAUCUGUGGCCUUCUCAAGGACUUUCUACGCAGCCUGAAAGAACCCCUUCUCACUUUCCGGUUAAACAAGACUUUUAUGGAAGCUGCAGAAAUCUCGGAUGAGGACAACAGCGUCGCGGCUAUGUACCAAGCAGUUGGUGAACUUCCUCAGGCCAAUAGGGACACCCUGGCUUUCCUCAUGGUCCACCUGCAGAGGGUGGCUCAGAGCCCAGAGACUAAAAUGGAUGUUGCCAACUUGGCCAAGGUCUUUGGCCCCACCAUCGUUGCCCACGCGGUACCUGAUCCUGACCCGAUGACGAUCCUGCAGGACACUAAGCGUCAGCCCAAGGUAGUGGAGCGACUUCUGCUGAUGCCUAUGGACUACUGGAGCCAGUUGAUGAUGGUGGACCAAGAAAACAUUGACCCAGCAGUGCACGUGAUUGAGAACACCAAUGCCUACUCCACUCCACAGACACCAGAUGUUAAAGUGAGCAUGCUUGGACCCCUCACUACUCCAGAACAGCAGCUCUCCAAGACCCCGUCAUCAGGCUCCCUGUCCCAGAGGGUCCGGUCCACCUUCAGCAAAAGCACCCCCAAAUUUGGGAGCAAAAGCAAGUCAACAACUCACCUUGGGCAUCAGGGCAACUUCUUUGCCUCUCCUAUGCUGAAGUGA